AUGUUUACACUAUCUAUCUAUCUAUCUAUCUAUCUAUCUAUCUAUCUAUCUAUCUAUCUAUCUCAUUCGCCUUCUGGACAAAGGUGGGGAAGUUGCCGUUGGUAUUACACUUGCCCACGUCAUCAGCGCCACUGCUGCGCCUGCCGUCGUCCCAACCUCGUGACCAAUCCCAGUUCUUUGGUUACAGUUCCCACCAUUUAUUCGAACAAUGGCCCGGACCUGAUUUGCCGCUGCCAAAUGCCAAACACUCUGUUGAAAGGAAAACCUUCUUUCUUUCUUUCUUUCUUUCUUUCUUUCUUUCUUUCUUUCUUUCUUUCUUUCUUUCUAUAUUUACAUCAGGCAUUUUCUCUUCUUUCCUUUCUUCCUUUUUCCCUUUUAUUGUUUCUUUCUUCUUUUUUUAAUCACUCCUUCAUUUCCUUAAUUUUCCAUCUUUCUCACGACGUUUCUCUUUUUUCUUGUUUUUUCUUUGUUUCUCUUUCUUUUAUAUUUAUUUUUAAACAUUUAUUUUUUUACAUGUUCUUCUUUUUUGCCCUAUUGUUUUCAUACCAUUUUUUACUUGCUUUCUUUCUUUCUUUCUUUCUUUCUUUCUUUCUUUCUUUCUUUCUUUCUUUCUUUCUUUCUUUCUUAUUGCCCCAUAGCGUCUUUCUUUCUUUCUUUCUUUCUUUCUUUCUUUCUUUCUUUUGCUCCAGGCAAUUAUUUCCUAUAUUACCCCAUAGCGUCUUUCUUUCUUUCUUUCUUUCUUUCUUUCUUUCUUUCUUUUGCUCCAGGCAAUUAUUUCCUAUAUUACCCCAUAGCGUCUGUCUUUUUUUCUUUCUUUCUUUUUUUUCCAGGCAAUUUUUUUAUUUUCUUUCUUUCUUUCUUUUCUUUUCUUUCUUUCUUUCUUUCUUUCUUUUUUUCUUUUUUUUUUUUUGCUCAGGCAAUUACCCCUAUAUUACCACGUCUGUCUUUCUUUCUUUCUUUCUUUCUUUCUUUCUUUCUUUCUUUCUUUCUUUCUUUUGCUCCAGGCAAUUAUUUCCUAUAUUACCCCAUAGCGUCUUUCUUUCUUUCUUUCUUUCUUUCUUUCUUUCUUUCUUUCUUUCUUUCUUUCUUUCUUUCUUUCCUGCUUUGUUUUCUUCUGCGCAUUCAUUUCUCCUCAGAUUGCAUGUUAUUUAUUUUCAGUGCUUUGGUAUAAAUGCUACUUGCAGAUGGCGUAAAGUGGGACUGUAG